CCAGGUGCAGUGGAUUUAGUACGGCUAGGAGGACGACGACGAAAUGAUGGCGACCGCCGCAGAAGAAAUAUUUCAAAGCCCAUAUCCCAUUUCUGAGCGCCAUGUCACGACUAUGUCCAUCAAAAUUACGCGGAAAAACCAGGAUAAACCCUGGAAAUUGAGAUUAAUUUACCUGCAGUGCUAUUUUAUGUCAAUUGCAACGAUACUGGGAACUGGAAUCUUAGGACUUCCUGUCACAAUAGCACAUGCAGGACUCGUGCCUUUCCUGGUCUCCUUUAUAAUUGGUUUCUUUGUGCAGGCUCUCCUCAUAUACCUCUUUGUUGACCUGCUCCAGCGAUGCCAAGUUGUCCAGAUUGAGUCAUUGAAGACUACAGAGACAGAGCGAAUUCUAAUGCAAGACGUUGGAUUGGAGGAGCCUGUUCUCACUAAUACAGAGGAGGAGGAAGAGGAGGUGGAGGAUGGGGAAGAAGCAGACACGGGCCUCCUGCAACAGGACGCGGCCAGACAGACUCUGGAGGAGAAGCUACAGCCUAAUCUCCAUGUGUUGGGGCUCCUCUUCCUCAGCAAGCCUAUGAGCCAUGCCUUCAACUUCAUCCUACUCUUCCAGUUUGUGUCUAUUGGGAUCAGCUAUGUCCUAGCUGGCAGUGAGGCCUACGCCGCUCUUCUACAUGUGAGUUUCCUUCUCCAGCGAAUUCCGGGGAUCUGGGCCUGGACGGGUGUCUGUAGUACCUCUGACUCAUUGAAGAAAAACACUUUGUCUAAUCUGAGCCAUAUCUAUGUCAUUCCUGGGUUUACCUGGACACUCUCUCUUGGAAUCCUGCUGGCUCAGAUGGUCAUUCAGCCAAUCACGUCGCUACUGACCCUCCUGAAAGGCAUCAUGCUGAUCAUCACAGUGGCUGUGACAUUUGCUUUGGGGUCAGAAGUUCAACAGGAGACCACAAAUGACUUCAGCCAAAUUGGUAAACCUUUCCUAAUGGGCACCGUUGCACUGGGAGGUAUUGUCAACGUGAUGCCUCUCCUGUUCUCAGAAAUAUCUCACAACAAGACACAGAUCAUGUGGUUCAGAAGAGUCAUACUGGGAGGACUAGCCACAUGCACCGUUCUGAAUAUAUUAUGGUGCUGGGCUGUUUUGGAGAUCGUCCCCCAGAUGUCAGUUCAGAGGGUUAUGGAGGAAGGUGUGGUAAACACUACCAGUGGUGUCGUCUCUGAGUCCUCUCCAGCAGCCUACACCAUGGUCUACUCCAACAUCUCCCUGGAGGAGUCAGAGAAAGCAGGAGAGAUUGCAACGAUCCCACUGACAAAGAUAAUCAGUCUGAAGUACCGUCACUACUCGUGGGUGGCAGAGCUGAUCCAGAUUUUUAUUGCCAUCAGUAUAACAGUGUCCUUUCUGGUGAUGGGAUCUGCCAUGAAGCACACAAUUGAUGGCCUUGUGAACUCACACUGGAACACCAAGUUGGAAUGGAUGUCUAAAGUCUGGGAGAGGACAUUACCACAGAGCUUCCACAGAUGCAGUUCAAGAGGUCUUGCCAAUGGGCUCAUAUCUCUGCUUGCAUUUGGAAUCAUUUUUAUUGUCUCGUCGUGUGAUCCAAGGGGAUUUGUGGUGAUGUUGGACAAAGUGGUGUCUUUCUCUUUGAACACUGAAGUUGGGUUGUUCAUCUUUGUGAUGCUGCGAGCCUCCAGAUCAGAGGGAUUUCAACACCUGACUGUGCCUCUGCCCGUGGGCCAGCGGGUCUUCCAACUCCACUGGACCCUGCCUAUUUACUUCCUGUUUGCUGUGGCCUACGAUGUUAUCCAGAGCAUCGUAGAGAUAGCAGAGCACAAUUUACAGCACUCCUCCCAACCUCUCCUCACCAACUAUUCUCUGAGCUGAGCACUACUGUGAACAAUGGAUGGUAGCCGCAAGCCUGGGAGCCGUGUGGUGGGGAUAACAAUGCUGUGUUCAUUUGCUCAUUCAUGGACGUCAUGCAGCUUCCUCUUGAACAUUAACAGCAUCAGGGAUGUCUCCUACGGUCAACUAUUUCAUGUACUGUAAGGGCUCGAUUCAAUCAGAUCCGUGUUGGUCAACAUCUGCAUAGCGGUUGUUUUGGCGGUGGCAGAUAUGGAACUGCGUUAGCUGUCAAAUCCAAAAGUGACUCCAGGCAUUACACCUAAAGUGGACAUUGCCAUUGGCUGCACGAAGUUGCUAUAACAGAAAUUCCAUGCAGCCUUUUUUACAAGUUUGAACACUGCAAUGUGGGAUGUAGUCUACACCUUGAUUAAGAUUAUUAUUUAGUUUCAUUAUUUUCAAUUUGAGCGAAAUUAUUUCUAUAUAGCCUACUUUCUUAUUCUGAACUUCUAGAGAUUUGGGCGGGUGUGGCUUUGUGACAAUGAUGGAAGAGCAGCUGCUCACCGAUUUGAUGGCUCAAACGCAGUUCCACCUUCGACAUCGCCUAAACAUCCGCUAAGUGGGUGUCUGUAAUCGCAGGUUAACACUUGAUCUGAAUUGAAUCUAGGUCUAUGUUUCAUUUUCAUGUAAUUGUUUUCAGAGGGCUGUAUUGAAUUACCAGCAGGAAUGCUAUUAGGGAGUCUUUACAGCUCAAUAUAUGCAUUGUUUAACAGCGCAACCAGAGAAUAUACACAAUUAUUUUAGUUUAGACAUUAAAUGUACAGACUGGUGCGUCAUCAAAACAGCCAAUAACUGGUAUGAUGCCACAGCAUGAUGUCUGGGAUCUCACUAUUGAAAGUUGCCUACAGCUUCUUUCCCUACAAAUGCUUUCAUAUGUAUGUAUCUAACUAGCUGAACAUGUUUAGAAUAAACAGAUAAACAAGGGGAAAAUCCAAUAAAAAAUGAUAUAUUAAUAUCAAAA